AUGAAGAAAACAUCUGAGUUUAAACAAUAUAAUGGUGGUAUUUUUGUUACUCAAUUCACAUUAAAUGGAAAAUACAUUGUCAGUGGUGGUGAUAAAAGAGUUAUUCGAUUACAUAACACUGAGAGUAAAAAACUUAUUAAAACAUAUUCUUCUCCUUGUAAGGAAGUACUUGAUAUUAAAAUAACAAGAGAUAAUGGAACUAUAAUUUGUUGUGGAAAUGACACUAAUGUCUAUUCUAUUGAUGUUGUGACAAGUUCAGUAUUAAGAAAAUAUGGAAAACAUGAAGCAAAAAUUAAUUGUAUUGAAUUUAAUAAUCAGUACAAUGUCAUUGCAUCAGGUUCAUUUGAUAUGAAAGUCAAAUUAUGGGAUUUAGGUUCAAAAUCAAAUACUCCUCUUAUGUCAUUAAAUCAAGCAAAAGAUUCUAUCACUUCUAUAAAGAUAGAAGAUACUCAAUUAUUUACAACAUCUAUGGAUGGAUUUAUUAGAGUUUAUGACUUAAGAAAAGGAUUAGUUGUGUCUGAUGAUAUUAAAAAGCCAUUGACAUCUUUAUCAAUAAUUAAUUCUACAACGGUUGCAUUAUCUAGUAUAGAAGAUUCAUCAAUUAAUAUUUAUAAUAGAAAAGAUAUGAAGAUAAUUCACACAUAUAAUACUCAUCUUAAUAAAAGGAUUAGAAUUAAUAAUGAAAUAUCUCUUGAUAAAAAAAUAGUGUUUACUGGAGAUGAAACAGGUAAAAUCUAUCAAUAUAAUUUCAUAAAUCAAAAUCAGAGUUAUAUAGAAGUAUCAAAAUCAAUUAUUGGAUGUAUUUCAAUGAAUCCUACUAAACAACAAAUUGUUUAUGGUAGUUUUGAUGGUAAAAUGGGAUUAUUGGAUUAUUAA